AUGGGUUAUCAACCAUCGUCUCAGAAACCAACAAGUACUGAUAUCUCAAUUUUAGUCUCGGCCCAAAAUGGAGAUGCUAUUUCACCGUCCUACAUUGCAUGGCUGGAAAAGCAUGCAUCUGCAAUUGCAACAUUUGAAGGGAUGAUGGAAAAAGCAAAAGACAAACAAAUAGUCGUGUUUUUGGAUUAUGAUGGAACCCUUUCGCCUAUUGUAGAGGACCCGGAUCGAGCUUACAUGUUUGAAAAGAUGCGUAUUGCAGUGCAUGAAAUUGCUAAAAUCUUUCCUACUGCCAUUGUUAGCGGAAGAAGCCUGGCGAAGGUAAAGGGAUUCGUUCAACUGGAUAAUGUGAUAUAUGCUGGUAGUCAUGGAAUGGAUAUAUCAACUCCGUCAGGCUCUCUGAAGUAUGGAGAUGAUAAGAAUCAAACUAAAACUGUCAAUGAAAAGGGUAACGAAGUUUUCAACUUUCAACCAGCACACGAUUUUCUCCCAAAAAUUCAAGAGAUCAAGGAGGUCUUACAAGAAAAAAUCAAAGACAUAAAAGGAGCUAGUAUUGAAGACAACAAGUUUUGCAUUUCUGUGCACUACCGUCGUGUACACCAAGAGGAGGUGGACAACUUGAAAGAGAUUGUGAAAUCUACUAUGGAUGCUUAUCCAAACUUCUGCAGAAGUGAGGGUAAAAAGGUAGUGGAGGUGCGUCCAAUGAUUGAUUGGGACAAAGGUCGCGCUUUGGAUUAUUUACUUGAUACUUUAGGGUUCGGCAACUCAACGGACUUUCUCCCAAUGUACAUAGGGGAUGACAAAACUGAUGAAGAUGCUUUUAAGGUUAUAAAAAGCAUCGGACGAGGUUAUCCCAUAGUCGUCUCCUCAACUCCAAAAGAAACCAAUGCUUUAUACUCGCUGCAGGACACAGAUGAGGUGAUGAAUUUUCUGAUGGAGCUUGCGAACUGGGGAAAGAGCUCUUCUGCUCCAAAUGGUCUUUCCGACAUGGAAAAGAAGAACUAG